AUGGUCGCAUCUUGCAUCUCCACCCACUUCGUUGCAUUAGAUUUCCUCGUUUUCUUCCUCAGAACCACCUUCACCGCCUCCAACUCCUCAUUUUCGUUCACUGAUUUCGAUAAAGUUUCAAACUUUGGGUCAUAUAUUGCUCUGUACGGAGAUGCAGAGGUCGUCAAUGGCAGAUACGCAGUUCAACUCACCAGUUCAAUGAGCUCGAGCGUCGGCCGAGCUAUUUACAAGAAACCCAUCGAGCUGUAUGAAGGUAAGCCUUGGAAAUCUGUGUCUUUUUUGACGAAUUUCUUGUUUUCUAUUUACAACGGUGGUGGGGAUGGAUUGACAUUUGUAAUGGUUCCAAAGGGUUUUAAUCUUAGCCUAUUUGGGCUUUCUCUGGGAAAUGGUAAAAGUAAAUUCAAAGUUGCUGCGGUUAAAUUUGAUGCAUUGAGUGAUGGAAAUAUUCAUGUUGGAAUUGAAGUGGGUAGUUCUAUUUCUGCUAAGAAUUUGGAUCCAAGUAGUGGGAAUAAAACGCAGGCUUUGAUUGAUUACGAAGCGGGUUCGAAUUGA